UCGGCACGUGACCGACCGCGGCUCAGGGGGAGGAGGAACAGGUGGUCGCGCCGUGACCGUGGCCGGCGGCGGGACCUAAGAAGUCCCUGCUCCCGGCCACUGGAGGCCCCCGAGCGGCCCCUCCAAGAAGAGAACCCGUAAAGGGUUAAGAAAUUGCCCGCGGGAAGCAGGGGGGAGUGUGGGGAUUUUGCUACCCCCGCCCCCUCUCAUCACGUGAUCACGCGGCCGGAAGGAGGGAACCUGAGGCACAGGCGGUGCACAGGUUUUGCUCUUUGCCCAGGCUGGUGUCGAACUUCUGGGUUUAAGCGGUCCUCUUGCUUCAGCUUCCUGAGUAGCUGGGACACAGGAAUCUUCAAAAGUCCAUCUCAAUUACUUGGUUACAAGAGCCAAUGAUGCUGCCAAAGCCUGGGAUCUAUUACCUCCCCUGGGAGGUCAGUGCUGGCCAAGUUCCUGACGGGGCCACGCUGAGAACAUUCGGCAGGCUGUGCCUCUACGAUGUGACCCAGUCCAGAGCAAAGCUGACGGCCCAGCAUGGUUCCGAUCAGCACGAACUUCUGGUCUGUACCAAGUUGGUGGAGCCAUUCCAAGCCCAGGAGGGCUCUCUGUACAUUGUGCUGGGGGAGCUCGAGCCCCAGGAGGCCCAUCAAUUCAAGGAAUCUUGGGAAACAGACAUGAUUCCACUCAUAGUGGACCUGCCGUGUGGUGCCAAGUCAACGCGUGGGACAGUGGGCAAGAAAGAGGAGAGAGAAACCACUCAUUGUUCAAGGCCUACAAUGCACCAGGGCUGGCGUCAGGGGGUUUGCUUGGAUCUUUUUGAAUUGGCUCAUCACCCUUUCGUGAUUAAACCCUUGAGCUCACAGAGUCCCUGCCCUCGUGAUUGAUUUGGGAGAGGCAUCCAGGAGGGAUGGAGCAGGAACAAAAGGCCUUUGCAUAAAUGAUUCCCUCGCUCCCUGCAGCACCCGAUCCACAUCUGUAAUCCCAGCACUCUGAGAGGCUGAGGCGGGAGGAUUGCUUGAGGUCAGG